AGUUACGAUACGAAGCUGAUUCAGCUAGCGCUUGAAGCUGUUAAGUUGAACAACGCGUCUCGUCUAACAAAAAAAAAAAACACGCUCCAAAAUGUUGAUUUUAACCGACAACUCGCAACGGUCUUUGACGCCGUCUCCGAAAAGUGAAAUAAAAGGCAUCCGGUUGUUCAGAGUGAUUAGUAGAAAAUUAGCUAAAAGAUCUCAAGAUGAUUUAAAUAGUGCUGGAGAAGAGAGCGGCAAUUCGAGUUCUGAUAGUUAUGGUUCCGCCAACAGUAACGUUGGUCAUUCGUCCAGAAGCCAAAAGGAACGCUCCAUAUCACCAAAUGAAAUAUCGAGCAGUUCUAGCGAUUUUGGCAGUGAUUUCCAAACUCUACGUUCCCGGCAUCAUCAUUCAACUUCGGCAGAGAGUUUGAGGAAAGUGUUCCAAAACUUGAAUCUGUACCAUCGUUCGCAAAGUUGCACCAACACCAAAGAUAUUAAAAAGAAGAAGGAAAAGAAAGUGCCCAAAAGUAUUUUGAGACACCCAACAACUUACACUUACGUGAAAGGACUAAGUGGAUUGCCUACCCAAAGAAUACCCAGAUCGUAUACUAGCAAUUGUUCAUGUAGUAUGCAUUACUUGAGAAGCUUGAAUCGAUAAAUUUUAGUUUUAAUUAAUUGCAAUAAUCAUUUUAAAUCAUCAUCAUUAGACUUAUGAUCGUCACCAUAAAAGACUGUAUUCUAAUAUUAGGGCAUGACUGAUCUAGAUUUAAUUUAUGUGUAAGGUUUUUAUAAAUUCUUAUUAAAAAAAAAAUAUAUUCACGAUUUUUAACUUAUAAAUACUUGUAUACCUACCUUAUUUUAUGUGCACCAACUUAUUUAGUGUGAUUAUUAUUAUUAUUAUUAGUGCCUUUUUAUAGCAAGUAUUUGUUAAUAGAAAAUUUGAGAA